CUUUCCAGAAGACCUUCUGCUUCUCGAGUUCAGAAGCUAACAAUCUCCACCCAUAUGGACUCAUAUGUGGUGGACAAUGCUGCUGGACCUCACGGAUCUACGCUGAUCUCGGAUGUCAUGUCCCGGAUCGGCCAGAGCUAUGGCAGUUUCGAAGCUCCCCAGUGGCAGUGCUUAACCGGCACCCGAGACCGCACUGUUCUUUACGAGAAGAGUAUCGAGCACACUGUUGCGGCUCUUGCCUUCACUGCCCAGCUCAAUUAUGAGCUGAACAACGAGAUCCAUUCGAGCGGGACUCAUGCUCAAGAGGCGAAGGACCUCCACCUUAGAGCGAACGACGAUCUGAAGGCGGCGAAUGCUAAGCUCGAGGCAGUGGUUAAGGAGCGUGAGGACAUGGCCAAGGAGCUCGGAAAGCUGAGAUUCAGUUUUCUCUGA